GAAUUGGCGCUUUCGCUAACUUUCAACACAACUAUGCGCUCCGUGCCUCUCGUUGUCUCUGCUUUUCUCCUCCUCGCCUUUUGCUUCUCGGAAGGUAGAAUGGUGGGGACAUAUGGAGUGAACUAUGGAAGAAUAUCAGACAACAUUCCUCCACCGGAACAAGUUGCGGCUUUACUCCGAGCUAACAAGAUAAAGAACAUCAGGCUGUACGACGCGGACCACACGGUGUUGAAAGCCUUCAACGGGUCAGGAGUUGAGUUGAUCAUCGGGCUGCCCAACGAGUUGGUGACCGACAUGAGCUCAAGCAAGGAUCGGGCAGUCCAAUGGGUGAAGGACAACGUGGUGCCCUUUCUCCCGGGCACAAAAAUCGUUGGAAUCGCAGUUGGGAACGAGAUCCUAGGUGGAGGAGAUAUGCAACUCUGGCAGGUCUUAGUACCCGCGGUAAAGAAUAUUUACGCGGCGCUUCAAUCCCUCCAUCUAGCCAGAACCAUUGAAGUGUCAAGCCCACAUUCAGAAGCUGUGUUUGAGAGCACCUACCCUCCCUCACAAGGGGCAUUCAAGGAAAGCCUUCUCCCAGUCCUCAAACCACUUCUCCAGUUCUUUUCUCGCACGCGCUCCCCUUUCUAUAUCAACGCGUACCCCUUCCUCGCGUACAAGAACGACCCGGACCACAUAAACCUCCGGUAUGCGCUCUUUGAGUCCAACUCUGGCAUCAGCGACGCGAAAACCAAGCUGCACUACGACAACAUGUUUGAUGCCAUGGUGGACGCGUCCUACGUUGCCCUUGAGAAGGUGGGGUUCCCUAAAAUGGAAGUCAUAGUGUCUGAAACCGGAUGGGCUUCGCAGGGGGAUGGGGACGAAGCUGGUGCGAGUACCAAGAAUGCUAUGACUUACAACAAUAAUUUGCGCAAACGGUUACUGAAGAAGAAGGGGACUCCGUACAGGCCGAAAACCCCAGUGAAGGCUUAUAUUUUCGCUUUGUUCAACGAAAAUCUCAAGCCCGGGCCAACUUCCGAGAGGAACUUUGGGCUCUUCAAACAUGAUGGGAGCAUUGCUUAUAAGAAUGGCUUCAAGGGUCUCGUUUCUUCUUCGCCCCCCUCCUCCUCAUUUCUCUCCUCAACAACGGGAAUCUUGAUCUGCGCAGCGAUGAUGAUCAUGUGUUUAGGAUCGUGAGGCCCGCGAUUGAGGUUGAAUCUAUGGAGAAAAGCGAUAAUCAUAUAUGUUAUGUAAUGUACAUCAGAUAUUCAUUCAUUCAUCUCUUUUGAAUAUAGAAAUAAUGCUGUUGUUAGUUCGUCAUGUACUCUUGUUCUGUAUAUAUGCCUCACAGUUAUAUAGGUUUGUUCAUGCUUUUUGGCAACAUACAUGUUAGUGGUUGCCAUAUUUAUAUGUAUGUUGAGAAUGCUUAAGUGACCCUGCUGGAUGCCUUUG